UGCACCUGCAUGCCUACCUUCAAUGACUGGUGUACCAUGACACCCAGGUCUCGCUGCAUCUCCCCCCCUCCCAAUCGGCCACCAUUUAGAUGCUGGACGUUGGAGCCAAGCACAAAGUGCUGGAGGAAUCUAUGGAAGGAUGACGUUUCAAGUCAAGACCCUUCUGAUGACUGAUAGGAAGGAUGACUGAAUCAGUCUGUAGAAGGAUCCGAAACGUCACCUGUCCAUGUUCUCCAGGGACACUGCCUGACCUGCUGUGAAUGACAGACAUUACAUCCUCCACUGUACUGAGUGAAAUACAACUUCGCCUGCUCUGUCAUGAUGACAUAGAUACAGUUAAGCAGCUCUGUGGUGACUGGUUCCCAAUAGAGUAUCCAGAUUCGUGGUACAGAGACAUCACUUCAAACAAGAGAUUCUUUUCCCUCGCUGCCACAUACAAAGGUGGCAUUGUGGGAAUGAUUGUAUCCGAAAUAAAAGGUAGAACAAAGGUACACAAAGAGGAUGGAGAUAUCCUGGCCUCAGGGUUUCCUGUAGAGACACAAGUUGCAUACAUCUUAAGUCUAGGUGUUAUAAAAGAAUUCCGAAAACAUGGAAUAGGUUCAUUAUUACUUGAAAGUCUGAAGGAUCACAUAUCAACCACUGCUCAAGAUCAUUGCAAAGCAAUCUAUUUGCAUGUCCUUACUACUAACAGUACAGCCAUCCACUUCUAUGAAAACAGGGACUUUAAGCAGCAUCACUAUCUGCCCUAUUAUUACUCUAUACGUGGUGUUUUAAAGGAUGGCUUCACUUAUAUUCUUUAUAUCAAUGGGGGACAUCCUCCUUGGACAAUCUUUGACUAUAUCCAACAUAUUGGCUCAUCUCUGGUGAAUCUGAGGCCUUGCUCCAUUCCGCAGCGAAUAUACCGUCAGGCACAGAACAUUAUCCGCAGUUUUUUACCCUGGCCUGGUAUCGCAGCUAAGAGUGGUAUAGAGUACAGUAGAGCAAUGUGAUCACUUCCCCUUUCAAGAAAACAAUUUCAACAGCCUGAAAGUAGACCACGUGCACUGAAUAUAUUUGUAUUUCUUCUGGACAUCUAUGUGUAUGCCAAGCAGGGACGGUGGGAUGCCAUAUUUCAAGAUGCUCAGAGACACUCCAUCAUUGAUGCGAUUCUAAUUCUAUACAGAAUGUAUUAUUUUACAGUGUUAGCCAUCAGUUAAUGAAGCAAGUGCAGUGCACCAAGAUUCAUCUGUUCCGUUCAUGCCUUUUCAUUGCUUUCAUACCCUGCAAUUUGCUGCUAUCUAGAAAACCACUUCAACAUUUGUAAUUAUGUGUGGAUUCUAAAUGUAGAAGCUUUUUAAAAUUUUGCUUGAGUAUUUCAGUUUUAUCGUAUGUCUUCAGUGCGUGGCAGCCUGUAUAUUUGGAUUUCACUGCAUUCAGGUUUUAAAGUUGCUGAACUAAUUUAAAUGUUCUCACCCCUUUACAGCCUUUACCUGUAAUGCAAUGGUGGGGGAAAUACUAGUAUUUUGACUGAUGGACAUUUUGGCUUUCAAAGUGUCUAUUUUUAAUCACAAUAUAUAAAGGAGUCUUCAUGUACCCAUGUACUUUACUGGAGUGAACGUGCUUGGUUUACCUUGUGUAUUUCUGGGAUCGGGAGAAAGUGAAAGAUGCAGAUGGUUCAGCCACCUUUUAAGCCGUACGACUGACUAUUUAGUGGGCCGACCAGAGGUGAGCAGGAAUUCAAGAAAAGCCCCAAGGCAAACAAUCCUGCUGCGUUUGAAGAGCCGUUUAUGCCACUAUUCACUGCCAUUCUAUCUUAUUUUCUUGAUUUUAAGAUUUGGUUUUCACAUUUAGCAAGAUAUAUAUAUUUUUGGAAAUUCAGUACAGUCUCUUUUUAAAUUCAUUUUGAAGUGCUCCAAAUAUAAUGUUUAGAUUCAAUUUUUCUUCCCAAAAGUAAAUUGACAUUUUCAUUUAUCUCGCUUUGCAGUGCACAAAUUAUUUAAUCAUCGUGUGGCUCUCCCCAUAUUUCUGUAUGUCAUACUGUAAUCAGAUGUGUAAAUAAUUGCAUGUUUUUUCGUUGUUUUUUUUGUUGCUAUUUGCCUGGUAAUUAUUGUAAUGGUGUAAUGUAUAUGUGUCACAGGUGGGAAUACAGAUCAUUAUGAAUUGCUAGAACUACUGUGAAAAGUGUUCCAAUGUAGUGGGUCAAUCCACGCGCAUUUCAGAAUUUUUUAGUCUUGCUGUUUAAAUUUUUUUAAUUCAUUCCAUGAUUCUGUUUCACUAUUUAAAAAGAUGCCUACACUGUUUCACAGAAUUUUAAAAUUUUGGCACCAUGACAAUCAGUGUAUGACUUUUAAACAUUAAUUGCACUUUAGAUGUAUAGUAAAUGUUAAUAUAUUUAUGUAGUGGCUCCCCUCGUAUCUGAGCACUCGUCUUGUUUUAAUGCACAGACUUCUGAUCUGUUCUUGAAAACCAGUAUUCAUGUUCAUGGAACAGCAGGCUCUGUGAGAAAUAGAACCAUAGUUCGAAACAAAGAUCAAAUGUUCAGAAUAUCAACUGAUUGCAAUAGUGGUUAUAUAUAAAAAUACCAUAAUAAAGAUUCCAAUUCA